AUGAAAAUUGGUAUAUCUGGUGAUAAUUUACCUUUAUUUGAGUUUCCUAUUAUUAUUGAAAAUAUUCCAAUUUUUGACCAUGAGUUAAGUCUAACUGAGAAGGACAAUUGUUGGUUAUACAAUGAACAAAUUACAAAAGAAGAGAUUAAAAGAAUUUUAUAUGAUUCUUUGGAAUUGAUAAUUCAACCAAAGAAAAUUUUUAUUGUUGAUUAUAAUUUUAGUUUAAAUCUAAAGAGAAAUAUUUGUGAAGUAUUAUUCAAUUUUACAAAAUAUGUAAUAUUCAUACCUGCUUCAGUAUUAAUGGUGUUUGGAGAUAAUAAAAAAAAUGGAUUAGUUAUUGAUUACGGUUGGGAAUGUUGUACAAUAAGUAAAGUUUUUGAAUUACGACAAAUUUAUUCAAAACAAUUUCCAUUUGCAAGUGAAUUGGCAAGAAAAUUUGAUUUGUAUGAAAAUGUGGAUAUUGAAAAGAUUAUAAAAGAGUCAGAUAUCGAUUUGAGAAAAGUUUUUAGGGAAAAUAUAGUUAAAAAUAGUGUUGGAUGUUGGACAGCAUGUUCGUUAUAUUCAACAAAAUCUCAACAAGAAGAAUUAACGAAGGAAAAUUAUUUGAGUAUUUUAACAAGAGGCUAA